AUGGCUCAGGCCGGCGUAAUAGCGUCCGAGCCACAGCAAACGCUUCGUUCACAAACAACUGCAUUGUCCGGUACUCAGGGAUUCUUUCGAAAGCUCUUUGGUAGACAGAGUGGCAGUAAUACGCCAUGUAAACCUACCGAGCAGCCAAAGAGCCCUCAGCAUGAGGCCGACUCGGCUGACCUUGACAAAGGCGGGCUGAUUCGCCGAAUGUCUCGAAGGGUUGUGCCUGGACUACCUCGGGCGCAGACAUUCAAACGCCAAGUAUCGGAAAGGAGGACUAACCUCUCGCCUAUUGAGCCAACUCCAGAUGAAAGACGAGCUGUGUCUAUGGACCGACGCUCUUACAGACCACGAUCACCGUCAGCCUCACAGCCCGCGACCAACCCUCGUGUCAGCGCCCCAAGCUUUCUCGGCUCCCCUCAGGACGAAAUACCCCGAUUUGUCCCCUCUCUAUCCGUUAAUGAUGUUACGGAUGAGUCGCCUAGGGAACCUACUGACGGAAUACUGCAUCCGGAUGAGGAGAUGACUCUUGCGGACGAGUGUCCAGCACAAGACACCUUGUCUACUGCAGACACUCGUUCGAUAACAGCAUCCCAGUACGACGCUAUAAUCCACGAAGAGCUCGAGAAGACAUGGAUACUGAAUCUCAGUAUGCACUUCAGAGACCGGUCAAAGAGGGAAAAGUUUUUUGUUACGUAUCGCGAGCGUGAUCACCUUUGGCGGCGUGUAACGAUCUCGCUUGAUUAUCGAGAUGCGCCACCAAACUCCCUGGAAAUGGAUCUGAUCAACACGCAUUACCAACGAGAGAAGAGUGCAAAAAUUUAUGAGGCGAUCAGGGAAAGCUUGAGGGACAUCCAAUUUUAUGACACUGUAACAAAUUUGAAGCUUCAAACAACAGAUGGAAGGCUUCAUGUGCACGUAGUUGAAGAUGGCAAUGAAAUUAUACAAUAUCCCACUGUUGCCCAAAUAAAGCAUUUGGGUUGUCGCCGCAUUCGAGAAAGAGACAUCACUUUUGAAUCCCACAUGUCAGGAUUUGUUUAUAAAGUCAAUGUUAACGGCCAUACGCUCAUCAAAAAGGAGAUUCCAAGUCCUGACACCAUAGACGAAUUUCUGUAUGAAAUCAAUGCCCUCAAUGCUUUAAUAUCCUCGCGCAAUGUCAUUCACUUCUACGGUGUGGUUGUGGAUGAUCAAGAUCAGAAUGUCAAAGGUCUUCUUAUUAACUAUGCGGACCAAGGAGCUCUCAUCGACGUCAUCUAUGAGCAUUGCAAAGAUGGCGACUAUGAUCUUCCUUGGGCGACGAGAGAAAGAUGGGCCCGGCAGAUCGUGGAAGGGCUGUCCGACAUCCACGAGUCAGGGUUUGUGCAAGGAGACUUCACACUGUCGAACAUCGUUAUAGAUGGUUAUGGCGACGCGAAGAUCAUCGACAUCAACAGAAGGGGGUGUCCAGUAGGCUGGGAGCCCCCGGAAGCAACACCUCUCAUUGAGAGUAACCAGCGCAUCACCAUGUACAUCGGCGUCAAAUCAGAUCUAUACCAACUUGGAAUGGUGUUGUGGGCCUUGGCAACGCAGGAGGAUGAGCCAGAAGCGCAGGGUCGACCGCUGAUACUUGGCCCCGAAGUAAAUAUCCCGGACUGGUAUCGACAAAUGGCAGAAGUCUGUCUGAGCAAUGACCCGCGCAUGCGACUUCAGGCGUCUGCUCUGUUGGAGAUGUUCCCUCGGCAAAGGGAAAGCGAAGAGACUGGACAACUGAACCCCCCUGAAUCGAUAGUUGAUGAAGGCUACACCUUGCAUCAAUAUCUUGUUGACGGAUAUCAUCCAGAAAACCUUCCACAAAUCAGAACGGUCGAACCCCCUAACGACUGGUCUUACGUGAAUCAACCCGAUGCGGAAACAAGCCCUGUCAGAUAUGAACCAUAUUACUACACGCGCGGACGCUCUCCCCCGAGCCCAUUGCCGAGUAAUUGUGACGAAUAUAAUUCGCCCCGCGGCCUAUACGACAUUGCUGCCUGGGCAGCUAAUCGGAAUAUACCUUCAUCUUACAGUGAUGUGGGACCUGAAGGAAAACCACUUGACGAAACGCCUACAGCCAACAAGUCAGUACUCAUCGACUCGGAUGCACUCACGGCUCCCGACUCGGCUUUGGAGAGGCACGAGACCCCAGCUACUUCGACUUCAACUCCGAGCCCAACCCGAGGCGUGGGUUUAGGGGAUGAUUUGCAUGUCAUUCCCAUUGCGAAGGAUGACGAGGUUCAUGCAGGCCAAGGAGAAUUCGCGAGCAGCGGCAAUGAGGAUAAUGUAGGAAUGACGUACAACGAAUCAGCACCCGGCUCAAUACAGUCGGGGAAUAUCACUCCUGGAGACAACGGCACAGUGAUACGGGAUGGCGCGCAAGGCACCAGGAGGAUGCGUCGGGAGAAAAGGGGAACGGAGGAAAAAGACUUUUAUCAGCAGAAAAAGGAGAAGAUGCUGGAGGGACUAUCCAAGAAAAACGACAGCCAAGAGACUCAAAUGCUUCGGGAAGGGGGCAAGACAGAGGAUCAUCAGACGACGUCUGCAAACCAGAGGGACGUCUCUGAGGAGCCAAACACAAAAGCAGAACUGGAUGCGGAACAAAACGCAGCAGAAAAGCAAGGGUCCACAGUACCUGGAACCAAUCGAGUUACAAUGAAGAAAGAGAUGAUAGCAGGGGAAGCAGACAACCGAGAGAAUGGAAAGGCGAACCAAGGGGGUAUCGAAGGCACUGAAUCUGUACCGUGGGGUCAGAUCUCACACUUAUUGACUCACGACGAACCGACGAAAGAAGAGAAUAUGACUGACGACGUGUCCAAGGGCGCCAACUGUCCGUCCGGACUCUAA